UCGGACGAACUGAACCUGCGGCAGUGUCUAAAUCAUGGAGGGCUUAUUCUUCAAUGUCAACAGUGGUUUCUUGGAGGGAAUCGUGCGAGGCUAUAAGGCUGGCAUUUUGUCGCAGUCACAAUACGCUAGUUUGACUCAAUGUGACACGUUAGAAGAUUUCAGGACUCAACUAUCUGCAACUGAUUACGGGAAUUUCCUGGCAAAUGAACCCUCGCCGCUUUCCACUGCAACUAUUGCUGACAAGGCAACCCAAAUCCUCGUCGACCAGUUUAACUAUAUUCGUACCAACGCAGUCGAACCAUUGAGUAAAUUUCUGGAUUACAUUACAUAUGGGUAUAUGAUCGAUAAUGUCGUCCUAUUGAUCACCGGCACGUUGCACGAAAGAGACACACAUGAGUUGCUAGAGAGAUGUCAUCCUCUUGGGGUCUUCGAUACGAUGCCUGCUCUCUGUGUCGCUACGAAUGUGGAGGAGCUGUAUCAGGGUGUUCUCGUCGAAACACCACUAGCCCCCUACUUCCGUGACUGUCUCUCUGCAUCCGAUCUGGACGACCUAAACAUUGAAAUUAUUCGUAACACGGUGUAUAAGGCGUAUCUCGAAGAUUUCUACCGCUUCUCUACGACACUUGGUUCACCCACCUCUGACGUCAUGCAAAGUAUCCUCUUUUUUGAAGCUGAUCGUCGCACUAUCAACAUCACCAUAAAUUCCUUUGACACAGAGCUUUCCAAGGAGCAACGCUCAAAGCUCUUCCCUGCUAUUGGUCGACUCUUUCCCGAGGGCAACAAUGCAUUGGCGAGAGCAGACGAGAUCGAGGAUGUACGACAGGUCUGCGACAAAAUAUCCGAAUAUCGGUCUUUCUUCGACGGUGGUUCCGGGUUUGGUCAGAGCAAUGGGGACUAUCAGGAUGCUGGAGAGUCGAACAUUGCAGCUCGGCUGGAAGACCGGUUUUUCCACACCGAAGUCCAUUUGAACAAGGAGGCAUUUUUGCAACAAUUCCAGUACGGAGUGUUUUACAGUUACAUGAAGCUAAAGGAGCAAGAAAUACGGAAUCUGACGUGGAUUGCAGAGUGCAUAGCUCAGGAUGCGCGGGACAGGAUGCAGGACUUCAUACCCAUCUUUUGAUGUCAGAUAUUCUCGUAUAAUAUUUCAUUCAUUUGCAUCUUUUAUGGUGAACUUGAUAUCAUGAUCAACGUCGUUUGUUUUCCCAGAAUA